AUGUCUCUUGGCGUCUUCUACCAGUUCUCACAUUCUUUCGUCUUCUAUAUGAAGAUCUUCCAAAGGGUGUCAAAGGGGUCUAUGAUGCAGCUUAGCGUGUUCGAAUUGCUGAAGACUUCCAACACCAAAUGUGCUUUUAUAUUUAUCAAACACCAAUCUCGCGGCACUCCUCAUAUCUUCAUUCAGACUGUGGCCACUGUCCAAGAAGCCUUUGAGUCUAGUGGGUCUCGAAUGAUUUAUACAGACUCUCCUACCAUCCUUGCAGAUCAAGUGUUAUGUGCAGAUCCAGAGUUUAAUCAUAUGUCAAAAAUGGCACGCGACUUAGAUACUACAGUGGUGUAUGCAGAUACACUUCUGUUAGCAGAACAGUUGAGAGAUGCUGCUCUUAAAAUUCCUCGAGUGGUCAGUUAA